CUUCCCCGAAACCCUACUAUAAAGUUUCUAGGGCUUUAACACAUUCCACUCUCUGAUACAACAGCAGCAGGAAAGACUCCUCCCGUAAGGCGUAAGCAGGUGAAGAAAAAAUGGACGCAGGUGUAGUAGCCGCCCCAGUAGACGCAACCGCAGAGAAUAAGAUUCACAGCGAUGUUAUGCUUUUCAAUCGCUGGACCUACGACGAUGUCCAGAUCAAUGACAUCUCUGUUGAGGAUUACAUCACAGCAACUGCUUCCAAGCAUCCAGUUUAUAUGCCACACACAGCUGGUAGAUACCAGGCUAAGCGUUUCAGGAAGGCCCAGUGCCCAAUUGUUGAGAGGCUCACCAACUCUCUUAUGAUGCAUGGACGGAACAACGGAAAGAAGCUAAUGGCUGUCCGCAUCAUCAAACAUGCCAUGGAGAUCAUUCAUUUGUUGACUGAUCAGAACCCAAUUCAAGUCAUUGUUGAUGCCGUCAUUAACAGUGGGCCAAGGGAAGAUGCAACUCGUAUUGGUUCAGCUGGUGUUGUGAGGCGUCAGGCUGUUGAUAUUUCUCCACUUCGCCGAGUUAACCAGGCCAUUUAUUUGUUGACAACUGGUGCACGUGAGAGUGCUUUCAGGAACAUCAAGACCAUAGCUGAGUGCCUUGCAGAUGAACUCAUCAAUGCUGCCAAGGGUUCUUCAAAUAGCUAUGCCAUUAAGAAGAAGGAUGAGAUUGAAAGAGUUGCCAAGGCCAAUCGUUGAGAGGUUGACAUUGGAACAGAAUUUACAAGGCAGUUUUGGGUUAUGCUGUUUUCUCAUUUCUGUUUUCGUUUAGCACUAUAGUCUCGUGGAAAUGAAAGUGGAUCUGAGUAGCACCACAGCUAUUGCAUGUCGAUUUUAAUUUCUUAAGAGUUUUUUGCUUGUUGAAACUUGAUAUGCUUGGUAUUGUUAUAGAUGUUACAAUUUGAAUUCCUUGGGGAUCUGAUUAGCAGCACCUACUAUUUCUUGUGGAUUUUAAUUUCUCAGUA